UUUUACACGGGUGACACAAGCAGCAAAGGCAGAGGCUUCACCACACACCACAACCUGCCCUACCCAAGAGAGGCAAGACUAGUGCAAAUUCUCACAGUAGACCAGGGAAACUUCUUCAGCUGUCUGACAGAGACAAGAGGAACCCGCCAGGUCCAGUUCUUAAAAUCGUGGACGGAGGAGACUGACGAGUAUGGCGGCGUGGGAUCUGUCAGUCAAAGUGGAGGACCUGGGGCCUGAUGCCCCUCCUGUCACUAUCAGCGUCGCCUCUGACCUCCACGUUGGAGGGGUUAUCCUCAAGCUGGUGGAAAAGACACAGAUGCAGCGUAACUGGUCGGACCAUGCGCUGUGGUGGGACCAGAAGCAACGGUGGCUCCUGCGGACAGCCUGGACUCUGGAGAAGUACGGGAUUCACGCUGACGCCCGUCUGCUGUUCAUGCCGCAGCAUAAGCCACUUAAACUGGGUCUGCCCAGCGGUAAAACUGUGAUGCUGAAGGCCUGCUUCUCCAACCCCGUCUUCCAGACCGUGAUGGGAAUCUGCAGGAUGCUCAACAUCCGCCAUCCUGAGGAGCUCUCCCUCCUCCGACCUGUGGAGGAGAAGAAGAAGAAGAAAGACAAAGAUAUGACAGAGGAGAUCUACGACCUGACCGAGGUGCCCCUUUCCUCGGUUUCCCGGCCCUGUCUGUAUAAUGGCAUGCCAGCUCAUUUCGCUGACUCAGAGCAGAUGGAGGGCGUCUACAAGAUGCUGUCGGUCACUCAGCCUCCUCCUGCUCCAGAGGUCAUCGCCAAGCAGUACCGCCCAGCAAGUGUGGUGGACAAAUCUCACAUCCACGGCAGGUGGUUGGAUUCAUCACGUUGUCUCAUGCAGCAAGGCAUCCAAGAAAAUGACCGGCUGUGGCUUCGCUUCAAGUAUUACUCUUUCUACGACAUAGAACCCAAGUACGAUGUUGUACGUCUCACCCAGCUGUAUGAGCAGGCUCGCUGGGCCAUCCUGCUGGAAGACAUCGACUGCACCGAGGAGGAGAUGAUGCUUUUUGGAGCGCUGCAGUACCACAUCAAUAAGGUGGCCCUGUCGGAGCCCCAGAUGAUGAGCUCCAACGCGGCCCUGGACGACCUGGAGUCGGCCCUUCAGUCCUUGGAGGUCAAGAUGGAGGGAGAUAGCAGCUCUGCCUCUGACCUGCUGGAAAACAUGACAGCACCAGAACUCAAUGACUACCUGAAGAUAUUCAGGCCCAAGAGGCUCACUCUGAAGGGAUACAAGCAGUACUGGUUCAAAUUCCAGGAUACGUCCAUCUCCUACUUCAAGAGCAAAGAGGAGAGCAUUGGAGAGCCUAUUCAACAGAUUAACCUUAAAGGCUGUGAGGUGGCUCCCGACGUCAACGUUGCAGCGCAGAAGUUUCUUAUCAGACUGCUGAUCCCUGCACCUGAAGGCAUGAAUGAGGUCUAUCUGCGCUGUGAAAAUGAGCAGCAGUACGCUCAGUGGAUGGCCGGAUGCCGGCUGGCCUCCAAAGGCAAGAGCCUGGCAGACAGCAGCUUCCAGAGUGAGAUCCAGAGCAUCCGUUCGUUCCUGGCCAUGCAAAAGACCAACUCCGGCUCCAGCAAUAACUCAGCCGCCAGCGACGAAAGCAUAAACACUCACAGUUUGGUGUCACCACGCUACCAUAAGAAAUACAAGCCCAAACAGCUGACCCCUCGUAUCCUGGACGCCUACCAGAACGUAGCUCAGCUCUCUCUGACAGAUGCACUGAUGCGCUUCCUGCAGAUCUGGCAGGCUCUGCCUGAUUUUGGACUCUCGUAUGUGGUUGUCAGGUUUAAGGGUAGCAGAAAGGACGAGGUGCUGGGCAUCGCCCCGAACCGCCUGAUCCGUAUCGACCUGGGAGUGGGUGACGUGGUGAAGACUUGGCGCUACAACAACAUGAAGCAGUGGAACGUAAACUGGGACAUAAAACAGAUGGCCAUCGAGUUUGAAGGGAACGUGAACAUUGCCUUUGGUUGCGUGACGGCCGACUGUAAAAUUGUUCACGAGUUCAUUGGAGGCUACAUUUUCAUGUCGACGCGCAGCCGUGAGAAGAGCGACACGCUCAAUGAGGAGCUCUUCCAUAAGCUGACCGGAGGCCAUGAAGCGCUAUAAUACUCAAAAGCACAAAGACUGAUUCAUAAACUCCCUCUCUCUGUGAAUCCCACCAAGAAAAACACAAAGUUAAGUCUCAUCUGUCAUCCAAACAGACAGAUUUUAAUUUACCAUGUGCCACAAAUGCAGAUGAUGUUUAACAAAGAGAGUUUAGGACUCCAAACAUCAAAUAUGGAAUGCUUUUGUGAUGGACCACUGCUGGUGCAAACAAUAGAGGGCCCAAAACCAGAAGCCUGGUGAUCAAACUUAUAGAAAUACAAAGCUGACUCAGGCAGCCACUUCUCUUUUUUUUUUUGCCUGACUAACAAUAACUGUAAUCAGCAUUGCUCUGGAGGGACUUGUAUUGAAUACAGCUUUAACAGCCAAAUUCAAUUAAUAAAAAAUAUACUUUCUGAA